UGCCAACAAGCAAACGGGGUUCCUGUCCUCUAUCUUUAAAUAUUUAUUACUGUAUAGCAUUUUCGUCAGUGCUAUGUUUCGUCAAGCCUUCCUCCAGCAAAAGCGUUGUGCAAACUUUCUGACAUCGUGUGUACCAUCAAACGCUAGGUUGUGUAGGAGCCGUCCAGCUGUCUGUGCUUACGCGAUGUCGACGUCGGCAACCCUAAACAUCCAGGGACCCGGAGCUGAUAAGCUCCGCGCGGCCGGAUGUGGAGUUACGUGCUCACGGGAGACACCCAAGGUAGAUCAAGCUGAGCUGCAGGAGUACAUGCGUGCGCUGCCCGCUUGGCAUCUGAACGCGGACAGGACAAUGAUAACGCGCACCUUUACCGCCAAGAACUUCAUGGCUGCCAUCCGCUUCUUCAACAAGGUCGCGGAGGUGGCAGAGGCGGAGGGACACCAUCCAGACCUGCACCUGCGCAAUUUCCGAGAGGUGGAGGUAAACCUGUGCACGCACGCCGUGGGCGGUCUCACGAUGCCUGAUCUGGCAAUGGCCGCGCUGCUAGACACUAUUGAAGUCGAGUACAGUCCCAAAUGGGUCAAGCAAGAGGCGGAACGGAUGGCGGCGGCGGCCGAACAAGCUCCAACGGCGGCAACGGCGCCGAGUGAAGUUACCACGCAUGCCGCAUAAGGAGAAGGCAGCUAUGAGCAACCCCAGGAGGUAACGUGUCUUCGGCGUAAGUAGGUUGCGUCGGAAGGCCAUGCAGGUGUUUAUAUGCGGAGAAGAGGGGACCCUUGUAUGUACCGAACCGCUUUGGGACGGUUAGGCAAUAGCGGGUGACAGUAAGGAAAUGGGAUAGGUUGCUGCGUGGAGUGACGCGGCGGCAGUGUGCUUGUACAUUCCUUGGAGUUGUUGCCGGGUAGGGAUUGGAAGUGCGAGUUGACAUAAGCAGAAGCCGAGGUAGUGGGGCCUGCGAUGUCUGGAUUAGAGGUUUUGCGGUGCCUUAGGGCGGGAAGACGCCUUGCUUGCAUUUGCGCAUGCAGGCAAAGCAGGCAGGCAGGUCGUUAUAUAUGGCGCUCAGCUACGUUGCCAAACCUUACACAUUGGCAAGUGCGUAUUCGGCAUGCAUGAUCUAUUUCGUGGAGGGUAGUCAACAGUUGCGUUGGUAGGCGGUUGGAUGGGGGUUGUAUUGUGGCUUGACCCUGGGUGUAGGGUUUAGCAAAAAAAGAGGUUGGCAACAACAAUUUUGCAGGUCCUGCGGGGUGUUGCACCAAGAUUGCGCCUAGGGGCACACCGCGAGUUGAAAGUGUGUGUUGCUGUACAAGUUGGGCCAGGUUGUGUAGGAUAGGUCGCCUGUUGCGUAUCGUAUGGAUUGUCGACCUAAAGAAGACCCUUUGCAUGGGGCCCCUGCAAUGGCGAGAAGAUUAUGAGACAUGUCAGGCCACUACCGCUGAGCGGAGGCUGCAAGCAUGAUUGGCUGUAAAUCUCUUGAUGG